AUGAAGAAAACACUGGUUUAUCAUGCCGGGAAACCCCCUAAUGGGAGGAGGACCAACUGGGUUAUGCAUGAAUACAGACUUCUAGAAGCAGGACUCGAGCAGGAUGAUUCGUUUAUACUGUGUAAAAUAUUCUGCAAGAAUGAGAUGGGGCCACCGUGUAGCGGCGUAUAUGGGCCAUUCAAAGAAGAAGACUGGGAAAACGAUGAUGCGAUGGUUCCUCGUACAGUCAGAAAAUUAGGGUUUACAGGCAACAACAAAAACAGGGUGAAGUUUGAUCUUUUCUCCGGCGGCGACAAAUGUGUUUCUGAUGAUGAAGCUUCAUCCUCGUCCACAGAUAUCACCCAUGAUGUUCCACCAACUGGGCUAUUAAAUUUCUCCCUGUCUGCUCAACCAAAUCUGGAAAACCAUAAUGCUCAUCCUCUUCCUCCCCCUAAGGUUGUCGGCGGCGCUUUCAACUCCUCCUGUCUUGAGAAGUCACUGCCUCCAGGUUAUUUGAAGUUCAUCAAUGAUUUGGAGGAAGAGAGGAACAAGCUCAUGGAUUCAAUGAAGCAGUCAGAAGCUAAAAUCAGUAGCCUUCUGGAGAGUAAUGAGCAGUUGGAGGAGGAGAUUAGGCGCCUGAAGAAUCUUCAUUUUUAA